GUGAAUUUACUAGUGCUUAUGUACGAUGGAAUCGUAUUUGGUAAAAUUUAUAAAAACAAAUAGACAUAAUUUCGAAAAUCGAGUGCUUACAAAAAAGAAUGGCCCACCUCAAUCGGAGAUAAACAUUGUUCAAGAAUGUGCCAUAAGAAAUAGAAAGUUUAAACAUCCUUUUAAGAUUGAACAAUAUAAAAAAACUUCGUGGUUAUGCGGGUGUGAUAAACAACAUGCUUUGUUUUGUUUUCCUUGUUUAGUUUUUGCAAACAAUGAAAAUACUAAAUCAGAAGGACAAAAACGGGUGUUAGGGAAUUAUCUCAUAUUAGAAAAUCUUCUCUUGCAACGCGCCUCAAACAGUGCGACAGAUCAAAGCCACGUGCGAAAAAAGAAAAAUGAUUUACAUUACUUUAACGGAUUGAAGAGUUGUUAA